CUUGGUAUGUUUAAAGGUGGUUACUAAGAUGAACAAAACUCAUGAGCAAUGAACUUUAUUGUACCUAAUUUAUAUUUAUAGGAAAUGAUGAAAAUUUAUUAAGACUUGUGAAUAUAAUGUUUUGUGCUUGUUUGAUCAUAUUAUGUGCCUCAUGAUGCCAAAUGUUCAUUGUGUAUAGGAUGUGUGUAGUUAUGUGGUAAAUGAUGUGGUUUUGUGUUGAAGCAGAGGACUUCAGCGCGAGCAACCACAGCUCCUGCCAAGAGUUCUGUGCUGGCCCUAACACAUCGUUUUGGUGCCAGCCUCUGGUGCCUCAGUCCUGGGCAACUAAUUUGUGUCCCCUUGAGAUACCUGCUGCUAGGGACAUCUUGGCACAAGACCUUUGGGUCAGGCCACCUGUAGGCCCUGCAAGACGCACUCUGCAGCGCCUGCGUGCCACUCCUGCAGCAGGAUAUAGACGAGCUUGGCGUCUUGUGGCCGGCAGGGCAACCUUCAUCUCCAGUGAGUAGUAGGACAUCUGUGCUGUUGGGCCCCACUGCUGAGGGCCCCAACAGCUGAAGGUGUUUGAUGCUCUGGAGCGAGCAUCAUAUCGUGUACUGUGGUGGUUAGUAACAUGGUGCUUAUCUGUACAAUGUACGGCUGCCAUCGCUGGCAGUAUUGUAUGUGAUGGCUCCUGCUCUUACUCAAGACUCCCAUCCAGAGUUGCUACUACCUUACCUCACCACUCCACCUUACACGCCAUCACCACCAUCGUCCCUGGUGGCCACUACCUCUUCUAUCAUAACUACCACUACAUCAUCCACUUCUCCGCUCCGAUCAAGUUGCACGAACAUGGAAGUUCCCCCUUUUGGGGGCCACGAACAUCAACACAAUUCUGCUGCUCCUUCUUCUCACACCAACACUCGUGAUCCACACUCUGAUCUCAUCAACCUGAAAACUGUGCGUGAGGACUUGAAGAUAAAUUUUGAGGAUCCCUCACGAACAGACCCUCGUUUGGUGACGGCAGAGCCCACGCCGCCCCACAGCACGGACUCGUCCGCUCCCCUCUCUCCUCUACCCUCAGAGAAGAGUCAGGCGCCUCUGUCACCUUUGCUCGGAGAAAAGCUUCGAGGGGUCGUCUCUCCUUUGGCGACAGACGCGACUCCAGCAGCGACGACAUCUAACCACUACAACGCCACGAAGAGACUUCUGCGUGACUUCACGGAGGAAGAGGAGACGUCUUUCGGUUACAAGUUCCCUGUAGGUGAAGGCAUUGCAUCUCCGUCUUGUGCCAGCCAGUCUCCUCAUUUGGGUCUUCUUUCGCCGAGCUCUCCGGACAAAGCAGGACCUCCUGAGGUGCCGCCAUCUACUGCCGACCCCCAGAGCUUCUCUCCCGAGUUAGCGAGUCCAGAAGCACCCACGUUUUCAAUUGUGGCGCCGAAUACGUGCGCAGCCGUCACAGUAGCCGCUGCCACGGCAGUAGGAGCUGGUGUCGCUUCGGACACGCCAGUCGUAGCGACUGCAGGCUCGGCCCUGGUUGACUCCAACGUAUCGUUUUCAGCGAACUCAUCGCUGACCAAAAUCGUGUUUCCGGCACCGACGUGCAGCGUUGGUGUAUCCUUCUCUUUGGCUGAAAGUACUCAGACGCCAUCAAUGGGCUGCCGCGUUCCCCUUGUUGACACAAAGGUCGGGGUGCGGUGCUCUGCUCCUCAGCCCAAUGAUACGCCUCCCCCGGCCCAAGCAAGUCUCAUUUCACCUGCAAAAAUGGCUCCAACUCCUGGAUUAUUUGACGACGGACUCAUCACCACACUGCCUGACGACUGCUACAGGACCAUUCACCAUCUGGUCUCGAGCAAUCCUCAGCUCCUGGAGGAGCUGAAUUGCCCUCCAAACAGCAUUAGCUCCACAACCAGCAAUACCUCGAGUAUUAUUGCGCCUGCUGGUGCUGCCAUCAGCAGCAACAGCAUUUCAAAUGUGGUUGGUUCUUCCGUCUCGAGUUUGAACGACUCCAGUCAACUGCUGACCUCAAAUUCUGUGUUAUCUGAAGGCUCGGUGUUGCCGCUGUCCUCUGAUCGGUGUAACCAGAGCCCUUUUAUUGCCUUUUCCGGACAGGGAGUUUCAGGACCCUUGUCUGUACCUACCGUCACGCCGGUGACUUUACCAAUGAGUCCGGAGUUGGAAGCAUCAACGGUUCUAUCCUCGUUGUCAGUGCGGCAACUAAGACUGCAAAAACGUCAAGCUCAGUUACUGAGAAGAGUGAGACGUUUGACAGGUCGUGGCUUAGCCUCGAGUGUGAGCACGCAAUUGAAUCAGCUCAUUGCUCACGGCCGGCCGCUCUUGAUGCCCCCCCACUCAACGAAUCCUGUAGUGGCGGCAUGUAGCGAUGACGAUGAUACUGAAGUUAGCGCCAAGGCAGUCACUUCACCUCAUGUUGAUGCCGGGAUCUCUGGUCCACUACCCCCACCGCGCUACGAUGCAGCAGCGUUCAAAACCAUGUCAACUGCCAACCUCAUCUCGUAUGUGCGUGAAAUGGAAACCCGGUCUUUAGAGACCAUCAAAUCCUUAUCCGUUAGUGAUACUGCAACUAGUCAACUGCCUUCCCCCGGCGCCGUGAAAGCUGAGCCAGACGUGAAGAAUGUGUGUUUAUCUGAAAAUUUGCGAUACGAACUGCAAACUGUCUCCGGAGAGGUGAAGGUUGCGGCCAGGCUACACGUUGAACAUGACUCUGACGCGACUGAGUCGUCUUCGGGCGGCGAAUCUUGCGAUGAACUCGACCAGGAAUACGAUUCUGAUGUUCACACCGACACCAAGCCAAUAGCGACGCGGGCGCUGUACCGCUACGAGGCGACACGCGCUGCCAUCGCUGCACGCUGGUCCUGGCUGGAGGCUCAGCUCGUAGACGUCGAGUGUAAAAUACAUCAACAUACCCGCUCUCUGGCGCGUUUACGCCAACUGAACCGUUACAACACGAGCAGCGUCUUGGAGCGAUCACCGGUUCCGUUGAGCUCAGCGAACCUGAUGACAGUGAACCGCCCACCGUACACGUGCGGCACUCGUACCAAUAUUAACGGCCUCAAUAGCAGCGUGAACAUCAAUAACCCCAACGGCAUCAAACACGACAGUGCUGCUGACUAUCACGGCACUCCUACUCGCGGCAAUGCGAGUUCUAUCAACAAUAACAACAGCAACAAUACCGAUACAGAGAGUGGAAACAACAACGAUGGUUGCGCGCGAACUAAAGGAUUGCGUUGGCACCGCAAGCGUCGCUGGGUCAGAGUGGGCAAUAUAUUCGAGCACGGCAGAGGCAGAACGAGGCAAGGGCGAACACCAGUACAGGAACUUGUCCCGCAGCCGACACUACCCAUCAGCUGCCGGUGUGUGGCACCCAUGCAGUGCGUUAUGUGCGUCACAUUGUGUAACGUGACGCCACGCAUUCCUGCUAAUGUGUACAGUAACACGAGUGGUGGUAGUAGUAAUAUUAUUAAUACCAUUACAAAUAAUAGUAAUGCAAGCCAAAUGAACGGCAUGCAAACUCCCCUGAAGAAAGCGCUCUCUAGCGCUUCCCUGACGCCUUCUCCCUCUCACUGUCUCCGUCCCAUUACAUCUCCCCUUAAACACACUCCUCCAAAGAGCACAAACGCUGUCGGUGUCUCAUCAUCAUCAUCACAGCACAGCACGAGAAGCUCGAGCAGCACGGGCGGUGUUCAGCUCUGCAGGAACGCGUGGUAUCCCCGCGUGGCUGCGAGCUGCCGCGCUGGUCUGGUGCUGAGGUCUCAGCCGCUGCAUGAGCGGUUGGCGGGCAGCGAUGUCUUGCAUCAUCCUUUACUUGCCCGUGAUAAUGAAAUCGCAAUGAGUGCUCGCACCGAGAGUGUUCUCAGAAGUGGCCAGUGGCUGGGCAAAGUAGCGCACCUCAUCACAACGGAGACCAGCCGUGGAACUUGUGAUGAAGCUGAUGUUAGUGGCGCUCAGGCGUCCAGUCUACCAGGCUACUGCGGCCUCGCAUCGAAAUCGUCGCGACACAACAACCACCAUCGUCGUCGCCGCCACCGCCGUCACCACCACGGUGACGCUGACCAUAGUGAACAAGACCUUUAUUCCUGCCAUAAGAGCGGCAAUAAAAAGAAGAAGAAAAGCAAGGAUAAAAUGAAGCAGCGCUCCAAAGACAGGGAGGAGAAGAGAAGAGAUAAGAAGAAGAAAGCUUUCAAGAGAAAGGAGAAGCUCGAGCAGAAAGCACGUCUUACGUUACGACUGAGGAAGUCUUCGGUGACGGGCGAGCUGGUCGCGACUACCGGCGGUCUUACUCACAGUUCUCUACUCAGUCUCAAUGAUGAAGCAGCAGCUGGAGACUGCAGUCGAGGAUCACGUGUGGGUCGCUCAAAUUUAUCGUACGUCGGUGACGAGGCGUCGUCCUUACACGGCAGCAGUCGUGCGUCAUCGCCUUCUUUGCCACCUCCGAGCCCUGCAGAGGCGCGUCCUUUACUGCACUCUAAAACUUUUGCCGACGGAAGGACCCAGAGUCGCCGACCACACAGUCCUGGCGACCUUAGUUCUGGUGGAGGUGUGCGCACUCAUCUUCCAUCGAGCAACAGAGCACGUAACCUCAGCAACAAGCCGCCUAACUUGUUACUUGGCAAGUCCUCGAAUUUGGCUCUGGAGCGCUCGGUGAGCGUUUCUGCAGAGCACACAAGUGCGGCCAACCGCAAAACUUCGCUACAUUCCUCAAUUGCCGCCGCUGUUGCCGCCGCUGCUCGUGUCGGUCAGACGAGCGGGCCUUUAUCAGCCCCUGCCUUGGGAGGCACGUCUGCUACCGCCGCUGCUUCGUCUGCACCUAAUAGCGCCGGUGUUGCUGGACCUCCUCUUACACCUGCGGCCGCGGCAGCUGUUGCAUUAAGAAAUAAACAGAGCACUACGCCGUACGACAUCGACAACAUAGUCAUCCCUUCUAACAUGGCUUCUGCCACGCCAGUCCAGCCCAUCGAGUACAAAGAAAUUGUCACCCCCAAGUGGCGGGAAAUUGAGGAACCAAAACCACUUGAUCAGACAAGCGGCGUGGUGUUGGAAGAAGAUGUGAGUGACGCUACAGUAGUGGAGCGCCAUGCUCGCAGUGAGGUGCUCGAGGGCCUUAGGUUUGCUGCGCACCUUACGACGGGCGGUACGCGGCACGGGGGCAACGCUAGGGUGCGGCAGCGCAGCGCCCUGGCGCCUGCACCCAACUCGACCAGCAGUAUCGCCGGGUCCUCAACCACCGGCACCAACACGCCCGAUAACCCUUUGUCACCACACGUGGACGUAUCAGACUUGGCAACGCCCCCUGCUACUCCUCUGGCACUAUCAGAAGACAGCAACCAGUCUUCAAAGAGCACCAAACAUUCCGCGAGUGUCAUCUCGGAAGACGCCGCUCUCGCUACUAGUGCCAGUGGCUCUUCAGCCGUUGGUUCUUCGGCCAAAGACUUUGCUUCUGGCGCAACGGCUCACGGUGACAACGAUGGUGUGGAACACACAAAUGCCGUCAAAUCAUUAAAUGAUGAUCCUGCAUUGGCCAAAAUAAAAAAUGCCAUAGUCGGAAAUACUGGAGUAUCAGUGGCGAUCACUGUUCCUGCCACAAUUGUGUCGACCAGCAAUAGUACCGCGUCUACCAUGAAUGAUUCAACAGCCACACCACUUGCAGUGCCGGGCCCUCGUAAAUUACGAAGCAACAGCUGCAGCGUUCGACUACGCAGCAGCAGCAACAACAGCAGUGUCAAUAAUGAGGAUGAAGGCUAUGCGAGAGAGGUAUCACCUUACUCUGUUCGCAAGUUUCCGCUUAGCGACAAUUAUUUCGCAAGUAUGGUCAAAGAGAACAGCGAGGUGAUACCUUAUCCCUCAUUAGCCGUUGCCAACCUGCCGCUUCUUCACUCUUUGGAUUAUGAUGACCUUGGCGAACCGUCAUCUGACGAAAACGAUCAUCAGGAGCAUGAGCAGGUAGACGAGACUGUGAGUAUAGCUUCGAAUGUCAGCGAGUGUCAAAACAACAAGAAGCGCAAACAUUUCUCCGAUUCCUGUGCCGUGUCACCAGCUGGCCAACCUGAAACCAAGAAGCGUCAAAAGAAGAACAUCUUGGCGCCAGAUAUUAGUGACGACAGCGGUGUUGGUGGUAUUACAGUUAAUAGUAAGACGAAUAUCCCUGUGCUGCACCUGCGCGGCACCAAUUCCCGUAAACAAGAUAACUCAUUAUUACGUGCGGGUCGUCAUUCUCUCGGCACCUUGAAGAAACCAUCUGCACUAGUCGUCUAUAAAGAGCAUCUUAAAAAAACUACGGACGGAGAAUGUGUGAGUGAAGGACAGAGUUCGCCGCUGAGUGAAGUAACGGACAGCGCUGCUGAAGAUGAGCUCACUGGAGACUUGUUGUCUGACAGCGCAAGGCCUCCGGACUGGACCAUUUCCGCCACUGCGGACAGCGCCGGCCAUUGCGUCAUGCAAGUCCUGCGUCACUGACACAUUCUUCUAGUUUCACAGUCCUGUAUUUUUGAUGAUCCUGUCGAGUGUUUUGAUUAUCAGGAUAAUCAAUCUCGCUUACAGGUCCUCAUUUUUUUUGGCCUUAAUUUUUGUUAGGCGAAUCGUGUAAAACUACCUUAUCCGUCACUCUGUGCUUUGCGGUAAUAUCCAAUUGUAAUUAGAUGUCUUCAAAUCUUCAUACCGAAUAAUUUAUCAGCUGAGACCUCACAUCGCUACCUGGAUUGGCUUUCUGAAAUAUGAACUUAUUUAUUAUGUUUGCGACAGCUUUGACGUUUGAGGAAGCUAAAAAAAGAUGAAAGUUUCACUUCAACACGUGAUUUUGUGGUUAUAGUGUGUCAUUUUGUGACGUCGCUUGUGAUUAAGUUCCAUUUAACUGAUGACGGCGCAUUUCACACGGAAUUGUCUUUUUUGACUAGUAUUAUUUUUUUCUUCAUGCGCGUUUCUAAUCUUGAUUGUUUUCUUAAUUUUUUCACGAUGUUUUCUUUCAGAAAUUUAUUGUAGAUUAGUCCAAACAUUAAUCAGUUUAAAUUAUGAAUUUGUCAUAUUUUCUAGGAAUUCGUUGACGCACUUUCGAAUUUAACCUUCUACAUAUCUUUCGGGUACGAUUAAAAUUUCCUCCGACACAUCUGAGAACUCGGAAAAUAAAUAAAAUUUCCUAGUGUCUUUCGUUCUAAUUUGAGGGAUGAUGUAUUGCUACUUGACUUUAACUUACAAGAAUGCAUCGUGUCGAGAACCAGCUUCUUACUAAUGAGCAAGUUCUAAUACAGGAAGACAUGCGAGUUAGGAAGGAGUUCUUAUCUUAGGUCAAAUAGAGUAUAUUAAAAUAUAGUUUGUUCAAUCGCCUGCAGUGUAUCGCGACCUGAACGAGUUGUUGGUAUUUU